CAUCUGUGAGACACAAGAGGCCGCUCUUGAGGUGAAAAGGGCGAAAGGCAGCGCUGUGGGUUUGACAGCAGCAAAGGGCUCUGCUUUACAAAAAAAGAAAAAAAGAAAAACAAAGAUGAAGGCUCUUAGCAGCGAUGCAGUGUAACAGAUAAUAACCGGGACAAUGCGCUGAAACACCGCCAGCUUUAACUCACCGAGCUGCUGCUGACUGUGACAUAAACCCAGGUUACAUGUCGACCGGUGGACGUGUUUGCCUUGUAGUUUGCUGUCAGCCGUUUUGUUGUUGUUAGCCGCUAAUGCUAGCUGCAGAAGUUAGGUGCUAGCAGCAGCAGCAGCAGCAGCUGAAUGGUGAGGGCGAAGGAAACAAAACUAGUUAGUUAUGUGGGACUUUAUCACGUCCGUGACACCCGGUGAGUAAACCAGGUGCUGUUUUAUCUGAUGGAGACAGCUAACUUUGACGAGAUUAGUUUAAAAACUGUAGCUUUAGCUAAGCCUCCGAAGUAGUGAGUGUCCAGAGUCAACUAACUCAAUGUCUGGAAGAAUGAGCAGAAAACACCACCAUAUAAAGGGAGCCGAGGUUAGCUGCUGUGCGAAAUACUUCUURUUUGGAUUCAACAUUAUAUUUUGGUUGCUAGGAGCAGCAUUCUUGAGUAUAGGCCUGUGGGCAUGGGCGGAGAAGGGCGUGCUGUCAAACCUGUCAUCAAUCACAGACCUCGGAGGCUUCGACCCUGUGUGGCUCUUCAUUGUCGUGGGCGGAGUCAUGUUCAUCCUGGGCUUCGCCGGCUGCAUCGGAGCGCUCCGAGAGAACACCUUCCUGCUUAAAUUUUUCUCCGUGUUCCUGGGUUUGAUCUUCUUCUUGGAGCUGACUGCGGGGAUCCUCGCCUUCGUCUUCAAGGACUGGAUCAAAGACCAGCUAAACCUUUUCAUCAACAAUAAUAUCAAGGCGUAUCGCGACGACAUCGACUUGCAAAACCUUAUUGACUUUGCCCAGGAAUACUGGUUGUGCUGUGGAGCUCACGGGCCCGACGACUGGAACCAGAACAUCUACUUCAACUGCACUGGCAGGAAUCCCAGCAGAGAGAGCUGUGGAGUCCCCUUCUCCUGCUGUGUCAAAGAUCCUGCAGAGGACGUCAUCAACACGCAGUGUGGUUAUGAUGUUCGGCAUCACGGGGAUCUGGACCGACAGAAAUACAUCUACACCAAAGGCUGCGUGGGACAGUUUGAGAAGUGGCUUCAAGACAACCUGAUUAUUGUAGCUGGAGUUUUUGUUGGUAUUGCACUUUUACAG